AUGGUGUCGCAAGGUAUUGCGAACUCGAUGCUUGUGUUGAGGAUCAUCGCUCUGGCAGCCUCAGUGGCCACAAUUCCCCUAGUGAUCACUAACAAUGUCAAGUUUGAUGAUCUUCUUGAUGGUAUCGAAUUGGAGUUGACGUUGAAAUUCCAAUAUAUUAUGGCUUUCAGGUACGUGCUGGCAGUGGCAGCAAUAUCAGCAAUGUAUGGAAUAAUACAGCUUCCAUUCGCAGUGUACUAUGCUGUGAAGCAGAAGAGACUAAUUCGUAAUGGAUGCUUGCCAGAUUUUGACUUCAUCGGCGACAAGGUGAUUAGUCUGUUGCUGGCAACAGCAAUAGGUGCUGGUAUUGCUGUGUCAUAUGAAUCCAAGAGAGGCUUACAAAACUCCAAGAGACGGUUUGAAGAAAACUUAUUAAUUCCAAAUACGGACCUUAUUCUGACAUUGAUCAAGCACUUGAACAAAUUUUUUGACAGAGGGAUAAUUGCUUCAUCUAUUCUGGCUCUGGCUUGCCUUUGCUUGGCCAUCGUAUCAGUUAUUUCCUCCAUUAAUCGAAACCGAAGUAAAGGCUUUUUCAACUGA